GUGUUAUAACGAACCAAUCGAUUGCUUAGUGAAUAGUCACCAAAGAACACCAUCUAAACAUAUUACUUAAACAAGUUCAUACGGUUGAACAAUUCCAUAUUAAUUGAAAUAUCUACUGUAAUAUUAAGAAGAGUUACGUGACUGAUAUCGGAUAUGCCUCUUCGGUCUCUUACUUUGAACAAGGGGGAACUGUUCAUGUGUUGUCGUUGCUACUAGUCCGACACAGUGCAAGCGGUGUCACAUACUAUCCCGCUAAACUAAGUGAUCUCGAAGAUAUCUCGACACAUUUUCUCAAUUGACCUUACUGGAAAUGUCGGAUACAUGGAGCAACAUACAGGCACACAAGAAGCAGCUGGACUCGCUACGAGAGAGACUGCAGCGGCGACGGAAAGAUCCUACUCAACUCUCUGCAGAAGUCGGAGGUAGCAGUUCUGAAGGAACUGCAACACGGAGUGACAGUCCAGGACCAACCCUCCAGAGCCCCCCACAGAAGGAGGCUGAACGCCCCCCGGAUCCCGAACUAGAGAAAAGACUGUUGGGUUAUCUGUCUGACCUUAGCCUCUCACUACCCUCUGACUCUUUGACCAUCACUAAGGAGCUCAACACACCUGAAGCCCCCGUCACCCAUGGUUGCAUCCAGAGUCUGCUGCUCAAGUUCUCAGCCCAGGAGCUAAUUGAAGUUCGCCAGCCAUCCAUGGCCACCUCGCCAUCCUCUUCCACCUCCACGCUCGUAGUCUCCGUGGACCACACAAAACUCUGGGCCAUGAUUGGGGGAGGAGCCUUAGCCCAGAGGACGGGGGCCAAGCGUAAAGCGGAGGACCAGGGCCACCACAAAAGACUUCCAGGCUCCUCCCCUGCUCUGCAGAGCCCACCCUCCCCUCCGCCCACUUCUUCCAUUUCCCUGGCACCCGCUUCCUCCUCCCAGCUCGUUGGGACCUCUGAUUGGAAGGCUGGGGGUGGAAGGGGCGGGGCAGAUAAACAGGGUAGGACCAGUAAGGGGCAGACAUCUCAUCUGGACAUGGAGAUAGAGAGCCUCCUUAACCAGCAGUCCACCAAGGAGCAGCAGAGCAAAAAGAUGAGCAGGGAGAUCCUGGAGCUGCUGAACACCAGCACAGCUAAGGAACAGUCCAUCGUUGAGAAGUUCCGUUCACGUGGUCGUGCCCAGGUCCAGGAGUUCUGUGACCAUGGAACCAAAGAGGAGUGUAUGCGGUCUGGAUUUACACCCCAGCCAUGCACCAAGUUGCACUUCCGACGCAUCAUCAACAAGCACACAGACGAGAGUCUUGGAGACUGCUCUUUCCUCAACACCUGUUUCCACAUGGACUCGUGUAAAUAUGUCCACUACGAGAUCGACGCCCCCCCAGAAGCUGAGGGGGGUCUGCUGGGCCCCCAGGCAGGUGGCCUGGAGGUGGGACUGCACCCGGGGGAGGAGGACAGCAACGUGGGGAAACUGUUCCCCUCUCAGUGGAUCUGUUGUGACAUCCGUGUCCUGGAUGUGUCGAUUUUGGGGAAGUUUUCCGUGGUGAUGGCUGACCCUCCCUGGGACAUUCACAUGGAGCUGCCCUAUGGCACUCUGACGGAUGAUGAGAUGAGGAAGCUCCACAUCCCCUUCCUCCAGGAUGACGGCUUCCUCUUCCUCUGGGUGACUGGCAGGGCCAUGGAGUUGGGUAGGGAAUGUCUAAGUCUUUGGGGGUAUGAGCGUGUUGACGAGAUCAUCUGGGUGAAGACCAACCAGUUACAGAGAAUCAUUCGCACUGGAAGGACUGGUCACUGGCUGAAUCAUGGGAAAGAGCACUGCUUGGUGGGAGUUAAGGGAAACCCUCAGGGCUUCAACAGAGGGCUGGACUGUGAUGUAAUCGUGGCAGAGGUACGUUCCACCAGCCACAAGCCAGAUGAGAUCUAUGGGAUGAUUGAGAGACUCUCACCUGGCACCAGGAAGAUUGAGCUCUUUGGCAGACCCCACAAUGUUCAACCCAACUGGGUAACUCUUGGGAAUCAACUGGAUGGGAUCCACCUCUUGGACCCUGACGUUGUGGCUCGCUUCAAGAAACGAUACCCAGACGGGGUGAUCUCCAAAACCAAGAACAUGUAGGGUCGUCUUUAACAGCCUGUGAAGGUUCAACAUUGUCAAUCAGUAUUCGUGUUAUGUUAUGAACCUAGUCGCAGAGGGGAAUGAAGAACAGCAUACACUGAUCAACGCUGACUUGAACUUUGAUGGACUGCCUUCUGUCCUUUUUUUCCAUGUCUCUUUUUGUACCUUUUAGAAUGUUUUGUAUUAAAAAGGUUGUUCAAGUAAAUAUCUGCAUCAGAUAUUUACACAUUUCACAUAAAGCAAACAAGAAUACACCCAUCAUUAUUCUGGUAUAUGUUUUUUUGUAUUAUUACUUUGUUAGUAUAUUUUGUCAAUGAGAAUAAAGAACAAUUUUGGGA